UAAAUAAUAAUAAUAUAAACAAUAAUACGUGUUUUAAAUAUAUAAAAAUCACAUUAUUAAAAUGUUCCAAUAUUCAAUAUUCCAUUUUUUGUACUCACAUCUUAUUAAAAAAAUAAAGAGUUAUGUAGGUGGCGCCCCGUACAUCUGUAUAAUUGUUAUUUGUUAAGUAUCCAAAAUAUUAUAGAAAAAAUGUUGAAAAUGCAAAAAACCAAUUGAGGUAUUUCUCGCUAGUAUAAGUCAGCAUCAUUUCCGACGUGAGAAACGCGGCCUAUAAUUUAAGAGAUCCCCAGAUAGAACCUUUUGGAACUCCUCGUAUAGAUACGGCAGUUUAACCCAAGCUUCAAAUAAGCAGCGACGCGUAUUAUCUGAACGGAAAAUAUUAAAUUGAUUGACAUUUCACCAUGAACAAACCUCUUGUUAUUGAAUCGGUUCAUAGAUUACAAUAUCGAUAUACGUAUGUAUCUGAUUUCCCGGAAUAUUAAUAUUGGAGUCCAAUAAAAACUGAUUUUCGUGACUAUACUAACUCAUUUUCAUCAUCAAUUUAAAAAAAAUAAUAAAAAUCAACACUAGUCAGAAACCCAACUAAAAUAAUGUUAUAUUAACAAUUGAUCUACAAUCCGGCAACGUGGCUUGAUUGAUGAGGGGUGGGGGAAUACGGACCAAUUCGAUUAGAGUAAUUCACACUCGUAAGUAUGAUAGCAAGUAUAAAUGCCGUACUCUGUGGGAACGAAAUAAAAUCCUGCUUAACAGUGAAGUAAAAAACUAACUAAAUUGCAAGAUGUCUCAUGUAUCCAACCAAUAUUUCAAAACUUUUCGUACAAUAUUUCUUUAUAUUGUCAAAUAAGAAGUCUCUGAAGUUUUAAUUCAUAAUAUAAAGCGCAAUGUCCUACAACUCCAUAUUGAUAACAAAAUUAAGAACAAAUGCAUCUCAGGGUUUAUGUGUUGUUGCUCAUUUUGUUAUUUUUUACGCUUAUCAGAAAAGCUAUGUAGUUGUUGUUCCAACCCCGUCGAACAUUAAGAGUGAUACCGCAAUUUAGGUUCCCUCAUUUAUUUUGUCGUUGUGAUUUUGCUUAGUAUACCGCGCAUGCUACAUUUCACACACUAACCUGCACUUUGCGCCAUUUUCUUUCUAAACAACGAUUUCCACACACUGAACUGAUUUUCCUAGAACAUUUAGCAAGAUCUAGGAAUAUUUUAUGAAAAUAUGCCCGUAAAAAUGCCGCAUCCAAAUUUAUUGACGAUUUGUCAGCGGCCAUGUUGGUUGUUCAGUGCCCCAAGGUCAUUGGUUAACGAGUUUUUAAAUCUCGCGCAUGCUCAUGUUUAAUGGACCUUCUCAUUUUUUUUCAUAGUUGCUUGAUAAGUAUUGCCGGCUUUAGACAGAUGCUCUAUAUCUCUAGUAGCUACUACCUAUAUGGGAAAGUAUGUAGAGGAAGAUGUCCAUGACUUCUAACUAAUGGAAUCAAACAGAUGGAUAACGGGUAGUUGAGUAUUUUUUAUGUACGAAUUAAGUUCCCUUUGAAAAAAUAGGCAACUCAACUAACGUAAUCGUUAGUCAUAAUAAUAAUCGCGUUUCGAUAUCUACCUUAAAAACGCAAAUCCACACAAUUACAUCUGACUAAUACACACAGUGCGAGCAAAAAAUCGAGAUAAGAUAAAAAUUUAUAGCCAGUAUUAUAGGAUAUCAAUUUGAGAACUCAAAACAAAGCGUGAAAAACAGUGUCAAAAUCUAAAAUGGCAACGGACGGUUUAACAGACGAUUUUCAAGAGAUAAAUUUGAGGGAUACUGAAAUCGAGUGCCGGACGAGACCGGAAUCGGAUCAGGUCGCGAGUAGACCCUCAAAAAUUAAACAAAUAUGGAAAAGAUCGAUCGCCAGGGGUCACAGGCGACACACGACCACCCCGUACGUCGAGAAAGAGUUGUUGAAGUGUACGAUAUCGGGCCCGACCAAUUUCGGUAAGGUGGAUCUCCUCGAAGAUCGGUUCAAGUUUUCACGACACUCGAUACAAGCUUGUCCGUUCGACAUUGACGGGUACGGUGGCUUGAUAAUGAGGGACGAGUUUAAAGUGUCCAGACCGAAGAAAAUGAAUUUGAUAGUAUUUCUUUUUGAGAAAAUUAUCAUAUUUACUAAGGUGGCCGACCGAAGAAGAUUCGUUUUACUACUUCGGCAGCAUCAAAACGGAUCAAGUAUCCUUAUUACCACCUGAUAGGCGAAAGAACGUACUUCGGUUAAAAGAUCACGUGAACAGCAUAAAAUUUCACAAAGAUAUUGUCUUCAAAUUGGAAGCAUCUUCCGAAUACACGCAAUUGAAGUGGCGGACUGCGAUCGAACGGUGUCUGUGGACUCAGCUUUUAAAAGCAAAAGAGCAAGUGGCUAACCUGUGAUUUAUAAUACUCAUAAUUAAUUUAUUCUGUCAUUUGUAAAUAGUGUACUUCAUUCGUUACUGGUUUUGAGAUUA